AUUUUGAAUAACGAUAACUCAGCUGUUUGAUGUUUUCAUUGGUAUUUUUCCGAUGAGUAUUCAGUGAUAACUAAUCUUUGAGUUUUUCAAAUAAAAUGAUUAUUGCACUCAAUUUAAUAUUAUAUUGAUUGGAAUGACCAUCAGUUUGUUGUUCGAACUAAUAAAUGAAUUGUUUCCAUUAAAACAUCAGUUGUUAUCAAUUUCAUUUGAAUAAUAAUACCUCAUGUCGUUACCCCAUGGAGUGGAUUAGAUUACUAAAAUGAUAUAAAUACCAAAAAAUUGUAAUUCUUGUAGAUCAGUCAUGAAAGCUCUUAAAUAUUAUAUAUUAGUUCCCAUUCUAUUGGGCUCUUCCUUUUCUGAAGAAUUGGGUAGAGGUAUCUUAUACCCACAAGUGUCCGAAACAAGGGAGAAAGUAUCUUUAGAUGGUCUUUGGAAUUUUAUACCAGCUAAUAUUUCUCAACCAUUGGAAGGAUAUUUGGAACAUUGGUAUAGUCGUAGAUUUGCAGACCUUAAUACCACAAUACAGUUAAUGCCAAUACCUUCAAGUUAUAAUGAUAUAACAACAGAUUGGACUUUAAGAGAUCAUGUGGGGAUAGUAUGGUAUGAAAAUUUUUUUUAUGUACCAAUUACUUGGUCUAAUGCCAAAAAGGUUUGGUUGAGAUUUGGAUCAGUUUCAUAUGCUGCUGAAGUCUGGAUUAACGGUAUCAAAGUUGUAUCCCAUCAAAUUGGUCAUUUACCUUUUCAAGUGGAUAUUACCAAUGCUGUACAUUUUGGUAAAGAAAAUAAAUUAACAGUUUCUUGUGACAACACAUUAUUAGACGAUACUAUACCUCAAGGAAAACUCGUGAAACUAACUAGUGGAAGAAUGGCACAGACUUAUACAUUUGAUUUUUUCAACUAUGCUGGUAUUGAUAGAUCAGUGUUUUUAUAUUCUACACCUGAAACAUACAUCGAUGACAUCACAGUUAUCACCAAAAGUAUAGAUGAUGAAGUAGCUGUUAUCAGUUUCAAUAUUGUCUUUUUCAAUAAUUCUGAUACUAAUUUGGAUUGUCAAGUUCAACUUUAUGAUAAACUUGGGAACCCAGUAACUAAUAAAACAUGCAAUACAGGAGAUGGAGAAUUAUCUGUGAAAAAUCCAAAUCUAUGGUGGCCUUACCUUAUGCAUGAAGAUCCUGGCUAUCAAUAUACUUUCGAAGUAAAACUUACUGAUGAAAGGGAUACUCUACUGGAUGUUUACAGGCUCAAAAUUGGAAUAAGAAAAUUGGAAUGGACUUCUACAUCUUUCACAAUUAAUGGUGAACCAAUUUACCUUCGUGGCUUUGGUAAACAUGAAGAUUCAGAUAUAAGAGGAAAAGGUUUAGAUCUACCUCUAAUAGUACGUGAUUAUAACUUGAUCAAAUGGAUUGGUGCAAAUGCCUUUAGAACAUCUCAUUAUCCUUAUGCAGAAGAAAUAAUGGAUCUUGCAGAUUCAAUGGGAAUAAUGGUAAUUGACGAAUGUCCUGGAGUUAAUGUUGAAGGUUUCAGUGAAAGUUUACUAGAAACUCAUAAAAAAUCUUUAACUGAAUUAAUUAGAAGAGAUAAAAAUAGGCCAAGUGUAAUUUUAUGGUCUGCGGCAAAUGAACCUAGAACUCAACAGCAUGCUGCGAAAGCUUACUUUGAAGCAGUUAUAAAACAUAUAAGAGAAUUGGAUAAUACAAGACCUGUAACAAUUGUUGAAAGUCAAGGAUGCACAGUCACUCAAUCUUCUUCUUUCGUCGAUAUUAUAAGUUUCAAUCGGUACAAUGGUUGGUACUCUAACGAAGGAAAUAUCGAUGUCAUUGCUGCAGCAGUAAUGAAUGAAGCAUCUUGUUGGCAUAACAAUUUUAAAAAACCCGUAAUCCUACAGGAAUAUGGUGGGGAUACUCUGGAAGGUUUGCAUUUUUUACCUGACUACAUCUGGUCCGAAGAAUAUCAAGUAGAUUUGAUGUCCAAACAUUUCGAGGCAUUCGAUCUCAUGAGAGAACAAGGAUAUUUCAUUGGGGAGUUCAUAUGGAACUUUGCCGAUUUUAAAACUGCACAAACAUAUACAAGAGUCGGUGGUAAUAAAAAAGGGAUAUUUACUAGGAAUAGGCAGCCUAAGGCUAGUGCUCAUUUCUUGAGAAGGAGGUACUGGGGUUUAGCUAAAAUUCUUCGCAACGCCACAUUACCAUCCGAUCUGAAUACUUAUGUAAUUUCAACGAAGGGAAAGAGGCACGAGGAGUUAUAGACAGCCUAGGUAUUUUCCUGAUUCAUACUGCCUAAAGAAUAUAUACAAUUAAUGAUAAUCAUAAUUUAUUCAAUCAAUAUUUAUAAUUCUUGGAUUAAAAUUUACAUGUCUCUAUCAUUAUAUUGUUAUAAUGUAAAGUAACCUUUUUUUCUUGAAAACAAUAACAUUGCUCUGAAAGGGAUUGGAGAAUAGUUUUUAUAAGAGUUAUGAGUGAUACUUUUUAAUAAAAUCACUUCAUAUUU